AUGGAACUCGCGGACAUCGCCAUGGACGACAUGGACGACUUCGCCGACUUUCCGGCGCCGGACCCGAGCGCGCUGCUCGCGGCGGCGACGCGCAACCUCGACGGCCUCGGCGCGCCGCCCUCGGGCAUCACGUCCGAGCUCGAGGCCGAGCUCGCCCGCGCCCAGGCGGAGCUCGACGUCGCGCUGAGCGCCGAGCCGCCGCGGACCGUCAACCUGCGCGCGAGCUACGACGACGACGACGACGGCGCGUCGGGCUCCGCGCCGCCGCCGGAUUUCGCGGCGGCGGCGUUGGACCCGACGAUGAAGGUGCCGCUGGCCAUGAACGCGCCGCCGCCGUCCAUGGUGCGGCGGCCGUCGGAGGCCGAGGAGAAGGCGCCGCCGCCCGCGCGCAAGGGCUCCUGGUACGCGUCGAUGCGGCGCCUCUCGGCGAGCGCCGCGAAGAACGUGUCCGCGGCCGCCGGCGCCGCGCGGAGCCGCCUCGCGAGACCAAAGACGGACGCGAAGCGGCCGUCGAAGCGGGCCCUGGGCCAGCUCCUCGCGCUCCGCUGCGACUUCCAGCUGCGAGCCGUCGCCGGCAACGACGACUACGAGGCCGCGCUCGCGGCGCUCUGGGCGUCCGCGUCCGCGGCGCGCCGCGCCGCGACGGGCGCCGUCCCCCGGGCCUUCGAGCGGCGGUCCGAGACCUGGAUGGACUUUGGGUUUUCCACGUCGAACCCCGACAUCGAGGCGGCGGAGGGCGGCUUUCUGGUGGUCCGAUGCCUCGUGGACCUCGGCGACCGCUUCGAGGACACGCUGGCGGCCCUCUUCCGCAAGGGCGUGCCCGUCGGCGCGGCGGCCGUCGGGCUCUGCGGCGCCCUGGCGGACUUCCUGGAUCUGGGCGCACCGCGCGACGCGCCGUUCGCGGAGCAGCUCUUCUGGGGAGCGUUCGACGACGACCCCAAGGCCUUCUUCGAGGUCUUCGCCGUCGGCUGCGCCGUCGUCGAGCGCGAGUGGGCCGGCGACGCCGGCGCGGCCGUGGCGGUGGCGGCGUCGGAGGUGUCGUGCCUGCUGAAGCAGGGCCCGCGGUCGUUGGACGAUUUGAGGGCGCUCGCGCGGACCGUGCCGCACUCGCCGCACCACGAGACCGCGAACGCGCUCGCGCGCGCGGCGUCGGCGGCCUUCUCCGACGACGAGCCCGAGGAGGAGCCGGCGCCGCCGGCGGCGUCGCCCGCGGCGUCGACGCGGCGCGACGCCACCAUGGGGCUCAUGGAGGCCGCGCGCGCCAAGGCCGACGCGGCGCUCGCGAAGCUCAAGGCCGACGAGGCGGAGGCCAAGGCGCGGCGCGCGGCGGAGGACCGGCGGCGGCGCGACGAGGCCGAGGCCGCGGCGCGCCGCGAGGCCGAGGAGACGGAGCGGUCGCGGCGCGCGGAGAUCGCGGCGCUCGAGGCCGAGGAGGCGCGGCUCGAGGAGCGGGCCCGGGAGCAGCGGCGGCAGGCGCGGCUCGACGCCGGGGACGACGUCGACGCCGAGGCCGUCGUCGCGACGUCGCCCGUGUCGACGUCGUCCGUCGCGUCGCUCGACGCGGGCCCCGUGCGGUCCGCGGAGGACUCCAUCUCCCACAUCGACGACCUCCUCGGCGACGUGAGCGCCCCCGCGGCGCGCAAGCACGUGGCGAACUUCCUCGCCGGCGUCGCCGGCGCGGGCCUCGUGGCCGCGCCCGUGGCCGUCGUCGCCGAGACCGCCGUCGCCGACGCGCCGCCGGCGCCCGCGGCCGCGGCGAAGCCCAAGAGCUCGUUCCAAGGCGGCGAGGUCCAGCGCCAGCUCGCGGCCGCGCGCGAGAAGAGCGCCGCCGCCGCGGCCGCGGCCAAGGCCGACGCCGCGUCCGGGCCGGCCGCCGCGCCCGCGGUCGCCGCCAAGCCCGCGCCGGCCGCCAGGGCGCCCGCGGCCAAGGCGCCCGCGGCGCCCGCGGCGCCCGCGCCCGCGCCCGCGCCGGCGGCGAAGCAGCUCGGCGGCGAGGCGCUCGUGCCCCGCGCCGCGGACCUGCUCUCCACGGAUGCGGCGCCGGCGGCCAAGGCGCCAAAGGCGAAGCCGGCGCCGAAGCCCAAGUCCGACAAGGCCAUCGAGAAGGAGCAGGCGGCGGCCGAGGCCGCCGCGAGGGCCGACGCGAAGCGCGCGGAGAUGGCCAAGGACGUCGCGGCGAAGAAGGAGAAGCUCGCGGCCUCGAAGGUCGCGCAGGCCGAGGCCGCCGAGGCCGCCAAGGCCGCCAAGGCCGAGCGGGCCGCCGCCGCCGCAGCGGCGAACGCCGAGAAGGCCGCCGCGCUCGCGGCCGCCAAGGCCGCCGCCGCCGCGGCCAAGCCCGCCACCAAGGCGCCGCCCGCGCCCGCCGCCGCCAAGGCGCCGGCGGCCAAGCCCGCGCCCGCGGCCAAGGCCGCGCCCGCGCCCGCGCCCAAGGCCGCGCCCGCGCCCAAGGCCGCGCCCGCGCCCGCGCCGGCCAAGCCCGCCGCCGCCAAGCCCGCCGCCGCGCCCGCGCCCAAGGCCACCAAGGCCGCGCCCGCGCCCAAGGCCGCGCCCGCGGCGCCGAAGCUCAAGGAGCAGGUCGCCCGCGACGCCGCGUCCGCCGCCGUCGCCGCGGCGCAGCAGCAGCGCGGCGACGCGACGAAGGCCGUCAAGGACGCGGAGCGGGGCCGCUCCAAGUUCGCGUCGGGCAAGGAGAAGGCCAUCUACGCCAAGGCCGUCAAGAACGUCGACGCGGCGACGAAGAAGGUCGAGAAGACGAAGAAGGCCCUGGCGGCGGCCGACAAGUCCCUGGGCAAGGCGAAGAAGCGCGCCGCGGAGGUCGCGAAGAAGCAGGCCGAGGCCGACAAGAAGGCGCGGAACGAGGCGGCGAAGAAGGCCGCGAAGAAGAAGGUCGCCGACGACAAGGCGGCGCGGAAGCGCAAGGAGCAGGACCAGAAGAAGGCCGCGGAGUUCGCGAAGAAGGAGAAGAAGCGCGCGGAGGAACCACUGCUCCUGCUGGCGGCCCUCGGCGCCGCCGCCGGCUACGCGCCGGCGCGCGUCGCCGGCCUCGCCCCGCGCCGCGGCGGCCUGCGGUCGCCGGCGACGCGUCUUUCGCGGCCCAGCGGCUGGCGCACCUACGCGACGCUCGCCACGGAGGAGGAGACGGCGGAGGCGCCCGCGGAGGAGAUGAUCGUGCUCGGCGCGCCCUUCGAGGUCGCCGAGUACCCGGGCUCCACCGACGAGUUCGUCGACGCCUACCGCAAGUUCCGCGCCGCGAACAACGUCGAGGUGAGCCCCGACGAGGCGCGCCGCGACAUCCAGGCCUUCAUGUCCGACGAGACCAUCAUGGAGAAGUGGCGGCCCAUCCUCACGAGCGCCGCCGAGGAGGCGAACAAGAUGACCUGGGUCGACUACGUCAACACGUUCACGUCGCUCGCGCUGCCGCUCGCCGUCGGCUUCACGUUUCUGCCCCUGCUGCGGACGCUGGGCACGCAGGUGCCCGUGAUCAACGACGUCGUGAUCCCCAACCUCGACAAGGGCGUCGACCUCGUCAAGUCGGGCUUCCAGAAGGCCGUCGAGCUCCCCAUCUGCCUCGAUGGCGCGGGCGUGACGCUGCCGUCGUCGCGUCGACGCGUGCGCAUCACAAUGGCGCCGAUGUGCGUGCCGCAGUGCGGCGCGCUGCGGGACCCGUACAGCGCGCAAUUAUUGAGCGCCAUGGCGCUGAUGCAGAUCGGCUCCGGCUACAACGUCGUCGCCAUCUCCGGCGCGGAGCUCAUCUGGACGAGCGAGGGCGAGCUCUACACGUGGACGUCGUCCGUGCUCGACGCGGCCAUCUUCCUGGGCUUCGUCGUGGGCACGCUGUCCAUGGGCCGCUACGCGGACUUGAAGGGGCGCCUCGCGGCGCAGCGCGUCUCGUGCCUCUUGGCGACGGUCGGCGCGGUCGCGAGCGCCCUGGCGGGGCCGCGGCACGGCCGCUACGUGGAGAUCGCGUGCUUCCGGUUCCUGCUGGGCAUCGGCGCGGGCGGCGCGGCGCCCAUCGCGGCGAGCUACACGUACGAGCGGCUCCGCGAGGUCGAGCGAGCGGCGGGCGGGCCGCUCGUCCACGACCCGCGGACGUCCGGCGGCCCGGCGAGCGCGACGGGCUCCAUGGACAUCUGGAACCUCGCGGGCCAGGCGGGGAGCUACCUCGUUGCUAUUUUGUUGAUGUCCUGCGGCGGGUGGAUGUCGAAGAAAGCGAUGUGGCGGUCGAUGCUCGGCCUCGGCGCGCUGCCGUUCCUGUUGUCGGCGUUCCUGACGCGCGACGCCGAGGAGAGCCGCGCCUUCGCGCGGCUCGGCGACCGGCGCCUCGGCGCCGGCUGGGCCGACUUCCGCAAGGCGCUGGCCGCGAGGGACCCGACGGGGCCGGCGAAGCUCUUCGACGUCGUUUUGGUCGUCUUCUGCUACCAGCUGGUGUGCUACGGCCUGUUGUUGCUCCUGCCGGACCUCGUGGAGGCGGCCAUCGUUUCUCCGACGAACCGGGAGAUUCUGGGGGUUCUGGCGGCGCUGAGCGCCGUCGGCAUCUUCGCGGCCUACUCGUCGCUCGGCCCCAUCGACUCGCUCGGCGCCGCGGCCGUGCUGGAGCGGACCCUGGUCUUCUCGGCGCUCGUGACCUGGGCCUUCGCGCUGGGCCUGGGGUUCUCGUCGUCGACGACGCUGCUGCUGGUUUUAUGUUUCGCGGCGCGCUUCGCGGUGAACCUGCCGUCGUCGGCGGCGUUCGCGCUGCCGUCGCUCCUGUUCCCGACGGAGAUCCGCGCGUCCUGCUCCGGCGCGGCGAACGCCGCGGGCAAGCUCGGGGGGCUCGUGGGGAACCUGACCUUCACCUACAUCGCGAACGCGCUCGGCGACGCGUCGCUCCUGGCGAUCUGCGCGUCGUCGCUCGUCCUCGGCGCGUUCUUCAUGAACAAGCUCGCGACGAACUACAUCAACGAGAACGCGGCCGACGACCUCGACGCGGCGGAGGCCCUCGGGCGGAAGGCCGGCGACGACCGGGAGCGCUACCUCGACGCGGCGGAGGCGCUCCUGCGCAAGGCCGAGGGGCCCUCGUACCAGGACCCGACGCCCUGCGACGUUAAGACGCUGUUGUAG